AGCAAGUUAGUGGAGAUAACAUUAUUUAACAAAGGACAUUAUCGUCCAUAGAUAAACCACAAGAAACAAUCCCUUACACAAACAUGGAACAAUGGCGGAACUGAAGUAAACUAGAUAGAAAUCACAACCUCCAUUUCCAUAAACCUCAUAAACCCACAACCUUAAAAAACCUUACCUUAACUUCAUCAUUCAUGGCGACCAAUCUCCCAGAACACUUCAAAUGUCCAAUCUCACUCGAAAUAAUGUCCGACCCAGUCAUCCUCUCUUCCGGUCACACAUUCGAUCGUCCUUCAAUCCAACGUUGGCUUGACGAAGGUCAUCGUACUUGUCCAAUUACCAAACUACCCCUUCCUGAUUCUCCUAUCCUCAUCCCGAACCACGCGCUUCGUAGUUUAAUCUCUAGUUACACACUCCUUCCACCACUUCAUCAAAUCAUUUCACAACCCGAAACCCUAAUUUCAACCCUAAUUUUGAAUUCUUCUUCUUCCGAUUCCAAAAUUGACUCGCUUCGUCAACUCGCUCGUCUUUCUAAACGUGAUGCCAGUUUCCGUCGUCGUCUUGUUGAUUCCGGUGCCGUCUCUGCUGUGCUUUUCUGUCUUGAUUCCUCUUCCUCUUCUUCUUCCUCCGGUAACGUUAAGUUGCAGGAGAAGGCUUUGUCUCUUCUUCUUAAUCUUAGUCUUGAUGAUGAUAGCAAAAUUGGUCUUGUUGCAGAAGGAGCAAUUGACCGGGUUGUGAAUUUUCUAGUCGGAGCAGCUACGUCGGAUUGUCGUGCUUUGGCGGCGACGAUAAUCACGAGUCUUGCUGUUGUGGAGGUGAAUAAAGCAACAAUCGGAGCUUUUCCUGGCGCAAUUGAAGCUCUGGUGAUGAUUCUACGCGACGGGAAGGGGAGAGAGAAGAAGGAAGCUGCGACGGCACUAUACGCGCUUUGUUGUUUUAGGGAUAAUCGAAAAAGAGCGGUGGAUUGCGGCGCGGUGCCGAUUUUGUUAAGAAAUGUUGAAAGUGGACUUGAGAGGGGUGUUGAGGUGAUUGGUGUUUUGGCGAAAUGCAAGGAAGGGAGGGAGCAAUUGGAGAGUUAUGGUGGUUGUGCGAAGAUUUUGGUGAGUGUUUUGAGGAAUGGAAGUUCAAGAGGGAUUCAAUAUGCAUUGUUGGCACUUACUUUGGUUUGUUUGCAUAGCAAGGAAAUACUUAUGAUGACUCUGCAAGAAGGGGUUUUGGAAAUUUGUAUUGGGAUGGUAGAGGAUAAUAGUGAGAAAGUUAGGAGAAAUGCGUCUAAUUUGAUUCGGGUUCUUCGCGGAGGAAACCACCACAGGAUCAGUUGAUGAUGGAAAGGAAAGAAAAAGAAAUGAAGAUGUGUUUUUUUUCCUCUGUGGAGGUUAGUUUUAAUUAUUUUUGGUUUUGUUUUUUUGGGUCUGCCUUGUUGGGUGGGUCCAUUGUACAAAAUGAAAAGAAGAUCAAAUUUUUGUUGUGAAUGUGUCAAUGAUAGGGUUCUUUUGUAUAUUGAAUAAUGAUGAUGUGCUAGCUCUUUGUAGUUGGCUUAGCUUAGCUGUUAAAAUGGCAAAGUUGUUGAUUGGUCUUUUGAAUUGUAUGGCUCCAUAGUUAGAAUUUUUUUCUCUUGGUUUCCAGAAAAUAUUGCUGUAUGGGUUUAACAUUUUACAUCUUGAUUACAGUGUCCAAGUUGAUUUCAA